GAGGACUACAGCAUCACUGUGAAAACAUAGUGUAUUUUCAUGAUUUUCUUUUAACGUAACUGAUCUUGUGACGGUAAUUUUAGUUCAACUUCGACAUAUGUCAUGGCUUCUUCUUCAGACGUACUUCUAAAGUCAAAUUAUGAAGUUUCUUCAAAGAUCGAAGCGUUCUACACUGGCGGGAAAGCUCAGUUCUCUGCAGAUGAGCAAUAUGUUUUCUGUCUGUGUGCUGAAAAAGUUCAAGUAGUGAAUGUUGACAGUGGAAAGAUUUUCCAAUCUCUUGAAGAGGAUGGUGAUGUCAUUUCAUGCUUUGCUUGUUCUCCUGAUGAUCAGUGUUUAGUGACAGCAAGCAAGAACAUGUUAUUAAGACAGUGGGAUUGGAAAACUGGAACACAGACAAAAACAUGGAAGGCUGUCCAUGUUGCUCCUAUAGCAAGUAUGGUCUUUGAUUCUUCAUCAACUCUUCUUGCAACAGGUUCAAGUGAUAGUACAAUCAAAGUAUGGGACAUUAUCAAACAGUAUUACACUCACAAUCUCAAGGGUUCUCAUGGUGUUGUAAGUCUUGUUUGUUUUCAUCCUGAUCCAAAUGUCCUCCAGUUAUUUUCUGCUUCUGAUGAUUGUAAAAUACGAGUUUGGGAUUUAAAGAAAAGCAGAUGUGUUGGUAUUCUUGAGAGCCAUUUUAGUGUAGUGACGUCACUUGCCUUUGACUCGUCACUCAAGAACAUGAUAAGCUCAAGCCGAGAUAAUGUCCUAAAUAUCUGGAAUUUAGAAUCAAUUYAUUUACCAGAUAGAAAACCACCAAGAACAAUCCCUUGCUUUGAGGGUGUUGAAGCUGUGGUAAUGUUGGACAAAGAACACUCAAUUCCAGGAGCAAMUCAUAAUGAAGAAGUCUUUAUAACUGCUGGCAGUAAAGGUGUACUAAGGUUCUGGAGCCUCAAAGAUGCCAAAUGUAUUAAUACACUUGCAAUAAAAGAAGAAAAUACUGAUGAUGAGGCAACUGUUCAGCAUAUCGUACAUGCAUCCAUAUGUCGUAGUAGAGGUCUUCUGUCUGUUGUCACCUAUGAUCACAACAUUAUCUUGUACGAUCUGAACACACUGAAGGUUAUCAAGCAGCUUGUUGGCUACAAUGAUGACAUCUUAGACAUGUGCUUUGCUGGUUUCCAAGACAGCCAUAUUGCUGUAGCUACCAAUAGUAGCCAGCUAAGACUGUACAGGAUGAGUACAAUGGAUUGUAGAAUAUUAUCAGGUCAUUCUAAUAUCAUACUUGCUGUAGAUGUCAGCCCUGAUGGGCACAAGCUUGUCACUGGUUCAAAGGACAAUGAGGUUAGGCUUUGGAAUAUGAAUGAAGAAGAUCACUUUGAAUGCACUGCAUUAGGAAAAGGCCACACCCAUGCCGUCAGUGCAGUUAGAUGGUCUAGAACUGGAGAUCACUUUGUUGUCAGUGGCAGUCAGGAUUUGACGUUAAAACUAUGGGCUAUCCCUUCACCAAAUAAGGGUGAUAUAUCCAACAUGGUGGUAAAAAUUACAGAAAAGGCUCAUGAUAAGGACGUCAACUCAGUGACUGUUUCUCCAAAUGACAAACUCAUGGCUACAGGAUCACAAGACAAAACUGCCAAGGUAUGGAAAGUCAAGGAUGGGACAUUGAUGGGUACCUUGAGGGGCCAUAAAAGAGGAGUAUGGUGUGUUCAGUUUUCACCUGUAGAUCAGUGCAUUGCYACCACAUCAGGAGACAGCACCAUCAAGAUAUGGGCCCUAUCUGACAUGACAUGUGUGAAGACAUUCGAGGGUCACAGCAGUUCAGUGUUGAAAGUAAUUUUCAUUUCAAGAGGAAUGCAACUUCUUUCAAGUGGAUCUGAUGGACUWGUGAAAUUGUGGACCAUCAAGACCAAUGAGUGCAUCAAGACAUUUGAUCAACAUAAUGAUAAGGUGUGGUCCAUUGCAACAAACAAGAAUGAAGACAUAGUAKUGUCAGGAGGAGGUGAUUCUGUUAUUAAUAUCUGGAAGGAUGUUACCAGAGAAGAACAACAAAAAGUACAUGAAGAAUCUGAGAAGAAGAUUUUGAUGGAGCAAAAGCUAUCAAAUCUCCUCCAAGAAAAACAGUUUACAAAAGCUGUAGGKCUGGCAAUCACACUGGAUCAACCUUUCAGACUCCUAAAGAUAUUUAAAGACAUGUUGGAGUUAGAAGAAGGACAAAACCAACUCAUGAAUACUAUUAAGGACCUUAGAGAUGAUCAAAUUGAUUCAGUUCUCAAGUUUAUUACUGGGUGGAAUACAAAUGCUAGAAACACCAUGACAACACAAACAGUUCUGUCGACAAUUUUCAAGACGAAGUCACCAUAUGAACUYGYUGAAAGACCUGACAUGAAAGAAACAAUAGAAGCCUUGAUACCAUACACAGAAAGGCAUUUGAAGAGAAUAAAUCGGCUUUUACAGCAAUCUGAAUUCCUGGAAUAUACUUGGCAACGUAUGAAGCUCACAUCGCCGGCUGAAAGUGUUAGAACUCAUGCUCAGACAACUGAAGAGCUCGCUAUUCCUGUUAACCAAUCGACGAUAGAAAGUCUGGACCAACCAACAUCUGAACCAGUUGAGCCACAGACCGUAUGUGAUCUAAUAGUGAACGGUCAUGGCAAUGAUGAACUACAUAAGACUGUUGAUGAAAAUAAGAAUGAUCGGUUAUUCCCUUUGAACWUUCGAAAAUGGAGCCUUGUGYAUGUGGGCAAGAAGGCAGCCAAUCUCGCUCCAGAGCUCUGUUUAGAGGAACWUGGGCUCUGGAGCGAGAUUGGAAGCCAACUAAAUGUGUCAGUCCCCACUCAUACAAAACAGACCAGAUGCAAACCCAAACCCCCCAAAACUGAGGCUAUCGUUGGUUAUGACUUUGCCUUAGAUGAGGAUGAUAAAAUCGUGAUCGUGACAAGGUUCUUUUUACGAACUUCCUGUAAAUUUUAG